GUAUAGCUCAAAGGAACGUUAAAUGUAAAAAUACUGUUACAUUUAAUGAAUUGCAUUUUAAGACUAAAUAUUGUCAGCAUUUGGAUUCUGAAUUGAGGAAAAUGUUGAACCAGCCCUUUAAUCAAGUGUCAAACCGGAAGUUGUAAGUCAGAAGCCAACUUCAGAACCGGCUUCAUGGUGUCACCUUGAAUUGUGUUCUGAAUGACUGAAUCUGAAUGAGGCUGUCCUCCUUUACUGAGAGGCUCAGUGUUAGUUCCUAUCAGCAGCUAAAGGCUCGGUUCGGGUUCGUCCAUGCCGUGAGGUUCCGCGUCGCGUCCAUCUCCCACUCGGUUCAAAAUGGGAGUGGUCCUGCGGAACCUGCAGAAGGUGGUUCCUCUCCGCCGCGCCAGGCUGCGCAGGGACGUGGACACGCUGAGACACAUCCUGGGCAUCCAGAAGUUCGACCUGGGCAUCAUCUGCGUGGACAACCGCAGGAUUCAGCAGAUCAACAACCUUUACAGGAAGAAAAACGCGCCGACAGAUGUCCUGUCCUUCCCGUUUUAUGAGGACCUGAGGCCCGGUAAGCUGCCCUGUCCGCUGCACAGAGAUGAGCUGAACCUGGGAGACAUCUUCCUGGGGGUCGAGUUUGUGAUGAAUCAGUGCCAAAAAGAAUCACUAGACCUUCAUGGUACUCUUACUGCGGUCACUGCUCACGGUAUCUGCCACCUGCUGGGCUACCGGCAUGAGACGGAGGAGGAAUGGGCCGAGAUGCUGCAGAGGGAGCGAUACAUCCUGAGCGAAUACAACAGACUGACCGGCCGCCAUCUUGAGCCGCUCAUGAAGGCGUUCAGCCCUGAAACGUGACGGCCGCGGAUCGGCGCCGCGCUGAAUGUUUUGCACCAAUUCAACCCACUGCUGAAGUUUAAUGGUUUCUAUGUAAAAACACCGACUGCUGGAAGGACAUUUACAGCAAAACAAAAACUGAAAGUUAUUUAAAAAAAGAACUAAUCCAG